CUGUGGAAGCCACCGAUGAUGCCUUUUGGGACCAGUUCUGGGCAGACACAGCCACCUCGGUGCAGGAUGUGUUUGCACUGGUGCCAGCAGCAGAGAUCCGGGCCGUGCGGGAAGAGUCACCCUCCAACUUGGCCACCCUGUGCUACAAGGCCGUUGAGAAGCUGGUACAGGGAGCUGAGAGUGGCUGCCACUCGGAGAAGGAGAAGCAGAUUGUCCUGAACUGCAGCCGGCUGCUCACCCGCGUGCUGCCCUACAUCUUUGAGGAUCCCGACUGGAGGGGCUUCUUCUGGUCCACAGUGCCCGGGGCAGGGCGAGGAGGGGGAGAAGAGGAUGAUGAGAAUGCCAGGCCCCUGGCCGAGUCCCUGCUCCUGGCCAUUGCUGACCUGCUCUUCUGCCCGGACUUCACAGUCCAGAGCCACCGGAGGAGCACUGUGGACUCGGCGGAGGACGUCCACUCCCUGGACAGCUGUGAAUACAUCUGGGAGGCUGGUGUGGGCUUCGCUCACUCCCCCCAGCCUAACUACAUCCACGAUAUGAACCGGAUGGAGCUGCUGAAACUGCUGCUGACAUGCUUCUCCGAGGCCAUGUACCUGCCCCCAGCUCCGGAAAGUGGCAGCACCAACCCAUGGGUUCAGUUCUUUUGUUCCACGGAGAACAGACAUGCCCUGCCCCUCUUCACCUCCCUCCUCAACACCGUGUGUGCCUAUGACCCUGUGGGCUACGGGAUCCCCUACAACCACCUGCUCUUCUCUGACUACCGGGAGCCCCUGGUGGAGGAGGCUGCCCAGGUGCUCAUUGUCACCUUGGACCACGACAGCGCCAGCAGUGCCAGCCCCACUGUGGACGGCACCACCACUGGCACCGCCAUGGAUGAUGCCGAUCCUCCAGGCCCCGAGAACCUGUUUGUGAACUACUUGUCCCGCAUCCAUCGUGAGGAGGACUUCCAGUUCAUCCUCAAGGGUAUAGCCCGGCUGCUGUCCAACCCCCUGCUCCAGACCUACCUGCCCAACUCCACCAAGAAGAUCCAGUUCCACCAGGAGCUGCUAGUUCUCUUCUGGAAGCUCUGCGACUUCAACAAGAAAUUCCUCUUCUUCGUACUGAAGAGCAGUGACGUCCUAGACAUCCUUGUCCCCAUCCUCUUCUUCCUCAACGAUGCCCGGGCCGAUCAAUCUCGGGUGGGCCUGAUGCACAUUGGUGUCUUCAUCCUGCUGCUUCUGAGCGGGGAGCGGAACUUUGGGGUGCGGCUGAACAAGCCUUACUCGGUUCGCGUGCCCAUGGACAUCCCAGUCUUCACGGGGACCCACGCCGACCUGCUCAUUGUGGUGUUCCACAAAAUCAUCACCAGCGGGCACCAGCGGCUGCAGCCCCUCUUCGACUGCCUGCUCACCAUCGUGGUCAACGUAUCCCCCUACCUCAAGAGCCUGUCCAUGGUGACUGCCAACAAGUUGCUGCACCUGCUGGAGGCCUUCUCCACCACCUGGUUCCUCUUCUCUGCCGCCCAGAACCACCAUCUGGUCUUCUUCCUCCUGGAGGUCUUCAACAACAUCAUCCAGUACCAGUUUGACGGCAACUCCAACCUGGUCUACGCCAUCAUCCGCAAGCGCAGCGUCUUCCAUCAGCUGGCCAACCUGCCCACGGACCCACCCACCAUUCACAAGGCCCUGCAGCGGCGCCGGCGGACACCCGAGCCCUUGUCUCGCACCGGCUCCCAGGAGGGCACCUCCAUGGAGGGCUCCCGCCCCGCCGCCCCUGCAGAGCCAGGCACCCUCAAGACCAGCCUGGUGGCUACUCCAGGCAUUGACAAGCUGACGGAGAAGUCCCAGGUGUCAGAGGAUGGCACCUUGCGGUCCCUGGAGCCUGAGCCCCAGCAGAGCUCAGAGGACGGCAGCCCGGCCAAGGGGGAGCCCAGCCAGGCAUGGAGGGAGCAGCGGCGACCAUCCAGUUCAUCAGCCAGUGGGCAGUGGAGCCCAACGCCGGAGUGGGUCCUCUCCUGGAAGUCAAAGCUGCCGCUGCAGACCAUCAUGAGGCUGCUGCAGGUGCUGGUUCCGCAAGUGGAGAAGAUCUGCAUCGACAAGGGCCUGACGGAUGAGUCUGAGAUCCUGCGGUUCCUGCAGCAUGGCACCCUGGUGGGGCUGCUGCCCGUGCCCCACCCCAUCCUCAUCCGCAAGUACCAGGCCAACUCGGGCACUGCCAUGUGGUUCCGCACCUACAUGUGGGGCGUCAUCUAUCUGAGGAAUGUGGACCCCCCUGUCUGGUACGACACUGAUGUGAAGCUGUUUGAGAUACAGCGGGUGUGAGGAUGAAGCCGACGAGGGACUCAGUCUAGGGGAAGGCAGGGCCCUGGUCCCUGAGGCUUCCCUGACCCACCAUUCUGAGCUUUAAAUUACCACAAUCAGGGCCUGGGACAGGCAGAGUGGCCGAGUCCUGAGUGUCAGGCCCCAGAGACCCCUGUGGCCAGGACAAUGUGGACCGACUCUGAUCUCCCUCAACCCCUAGGCUGGACUCACAGGAGCCUCAUCUCCGGGGCUAAGCCCCCACCAGAGACCACUGCCCCCAAUAGUCAGACUCCCCCUUUAAGACCUGGCUCAGUGCUGUCCCCUCAGUGCCCACCCACUCCUGUCCUGCCCAGUGCCAGAGGCAGAAGCCAUCAGGUCACUGUGCCCUAAGGGGUUUGACCAAGGAACCAUGGGCUGUCCCUUGAGGUGCCUGGGCAGGGUGAGGGGGUGCUUCCAGCAUCCUAACCCGAAGCCAGCUGUUUCAGGCUCCAGGGGAAAUAGGUGUGGCCAGGCUGCUCCUCAAGGAGGCUGGGAGCUGGCUGACUGCAAAAGCCAGGCUGGGGCACCUCCCGUAUACUUGAGCAUGGUGUGGGGUGGUGAGGGUCUCCCACUGUAUUCUCCUGGUCUGUGGAAAUAGCCUGGCUCCCUCUUACCCAGUAAUGAGGGGUAGGGAAGGGAACCGGGGGGAGCCAUUUAGUCCUCCCUGCCCUGCCCACUGCCUGGAUGGGGCGAUGUCACCCCCUCAUCCUUCCCCCAGCUCUGGCCCCUGGGUCCCGCCCCCCAACCCCCUGUGUCAGAACAAUCUUUGCUCUGUACAAUCGGCCUCUUUACAAUAAAACCUCCUGCUCCACA